AUGAACGAAGAAAAUCUAGGCAAUCUUUCAUUUUUAAUUCCACAAACAAUUGGAAAGUAUCAGGUUAUUCGCCAAAUAGGCAAAGGUGGCUUUGCUGUUGUUGUUUUAGGUUUUGAUCCAAAAACUAAUCAAAAGGUUGCCAUCAAGAUAUUUGAUCGUGAAGAAAUUGCAAAAGGAGGCUUUAUGAAGUACCUUGAAAACAAAUUACGUCUCUGUGUUCGAUUUAAUCAUCCCAAUAUAGUUAAGAUUUACGACAUCAUCUAUACUGAAAAGUUUAUUAUGAUGGUUAUGGAGUACAUAGAAAACGGAGAUCUUCAGUCCCUAAUUAACAGAAAUUUUCACUUCUCUAUCCAAGAACAAUUAAAAAUUGCUUACGAAGUAUUAAGCGCCAUAGAUUAUUUACAUAAAAGAGGCAUAUCUCAUAGAGAUAUUAAGCCAGAAAACAUCCUUUUUGACCAAGACUUCCAUGCAAAACUCAUUGAUUUCGGUCUAUCGAAAGAAAAUUCAGAUAUUUUAAGCACCUAUUGCGGAACCCCUUUCAACAUGGCACCAGAUUUAGUAAUGAAUUCAGCAUAUGACGGAACAAAGGCUGAUAUCUGGGCCUUCGGAGUUACUUUUCAUGUAUUAGCCACAAAACAGUUUCCUUUUGAAGUAAAAAACGAAGUAGAGUUCCUAAAUUAG